AUGUUGCCACCUGAGAACAAGGAUUUGAUUCCAGAAUGCUCCAAGGACCCUAUAAAAGUAUACCGAAAGAGAUGGUGGAUUCUCUUCAUAUACAUCCUGUAUGCAUCUGGCAAUGCCUUUCAAUGGAUAGAAUACUCCAUUAUCACAAACAGUGUGAUGAAAUACUAUGAUGUGAGCUCUUUGAUGGUGGAUUGGACAUCAAUCAUUUAUAUGGCUGCCUAUCCUGUGGCAGUAAUACCAGUCUCUUACAUAAUCGAUGUCAAAGGACUGAGGGUUGCCGCUUUAUGCGGUGGAAUUGGAACUGCUUUAGCAGCACUAAUAAAAGUAUUUGCCAUUAGAAGGGAUCUAUUCCAUCUAGUAUUGCUGGGUCAAGCUGUUGGAUCAACAGCUCAAGUUUUCAUUUUGUCUUUACCCACCAAAGUGGCUGCAGUAUGGUUCAAACCAAGUGAGAUAUCAACAGCUUGCGCCAUUGGAGUAUUUGGAAAUCAACUUGGAUUCGCACUGGGCUUUAUCAUUUCACCAACUAUAGUGAAAAGUGAUGAUGAUUUAUAUUCAAUUGCAUCGAACCUGAGGAAAUUAUGUGUGGGAUUGUUCAUUUACAUGAUUCCUCUCAUAAUAUGUUUACUAUUCUUUUUUCCAAAGCAACCUCCGUUACCACCUAGCAUACCACAAGCUGAAGCAAGAAAGCAGCUUGCACCGACAUUCAGCGAGUUUAUGGAUAAUUUCAAGAAAAUCUUUAUGAAAAGAGGAUUCAUAUGUUUGAUGUUGGGAUAUGGGCUGAACUAUGGGAUAUUUUCAGUUGUAGGAACGCUUCUGAAUCAAUAUGUUCUUCAGCAUUUUCCGAAAGGCGAAGAAGAUGCUGGUCGAAUGGGGUUCAUCUCUGUUAUAUGUGGAAUGGUUGGCGCAGUCCUUUGUGGGGUAAUUCUGGACAAAACUCAUAGAUAUAAGGCGACAUGUUUGUAUCUGUUCUACAUGAUUAUCCUAUCUUUGGCAUCGUUCAUCGUAGCUCUCUGGCAGCAGAAUAUAAUACUCACUUACAUAUUAUUAUCAAUAUUUGCAUUUUUCAAUAACUCGUACAUCACAGCAGGAUAUGAAUUCGCCGUGGAACUCACAUUUCCUCAUGAAGAAAGUACUGCGACUGGAAUUCUGAAUGCAGUAUCGCAGGCAGCCGGAGUUAUCAUACUACUGUCAGCAGGAAAAAUCAACGAGAAAUUCGGAUCCCUGUGGUCCUUGAUAGGCCAACUCAUUCUCACGGUGUUGGCAGCCAUCCUAACACAUUUCGUGCCCAAUGUCAUGAAUAGACAAAAUGCUCUUGCGAAUAAGAACAUUAACACAAAUGAAUAUGUUGUUGUCACCCAGAAGUGA